UCUAAUACAUCCAUUAUGGGUUCGUUUCCUGAAUGGUUAGGGGACAUAUCAUCAAGUUUGUUAUACAUAAAUGUUUCCCAUAAUAAACUUAGCGGAGUCUUACCAAAAUCACUAUCACAAAUUAAGACAGGGCUUAUGAGUACAUGGGAUUUUAGUUUCAACAAUUUGUCUGGCCCGUUGCCUCCUUUUCCGCCAAAAGUAUAUGAACUUUUUCUCUCAAAUAAUAUGUUCACAGGGUUUGUAUCUUCCUUUUGUGAAACAUCCUCGCUGUCUGUAACUUAUCUUGACCUGUCUAGUAACACACUCACAGGUCCCCUUCCAAAUUGUUGGCAAAAAUUUCAAAAUUUGGAAGUUCUGAAUUUAGCAAAUAACAGUUUAUCAGGAAGAGUGCCAGAGUCAUUAGGCAAUUUACAAAGUAUUUUGUCGAUGCAUUUAAAUAACAAUAUCUUCUCUGGUGAGAUUCCAUCACUGACUCUUUGCAAAGAAAGCUUAAGAUUCAUUGAUUUUGGGGAUAAUAAUCUUGAAGGAACAUUACAAACAUGGUUAGACUUGGAUCAUUUGAUUGUAUUACGUCUACGAGGUAACAAGAUCCAAGGAAGCAUACCCACAAGUCUAUGUAAUAUGCUAUCUCUUAAAAUAUUGGAUAUCUCCUCAAACAACAUUACAGGGGAAAUACCACAAUGCAUUGGUCACAUAAGUGCAAUGUCAGAUAUGGAAUUUCGAAUUGAAACCGUGUUCUAUGGAACAUCUGCACCUUUAGUAUUUCAUGACAGUGGAAUUGGGCUUUUUUUUGAUGAAAUAUUAUUGACAUUGAAAGGAAGAGACGUCGAAUUCAAUAGACUUUUAGGAUUAUUGAAAGCCAUUGAUAUUUCUAAUAACAACUUAAGAGGAGAGAUACCGAAAAGUAUAACAUCAUUAGUGGCUUUAACAAGCUUAAAUCUUUCAAGAAACAAUCUUACAGGAUUAAUUCCCGAUAACAUUGGUUGUUUGAAGAGCUUGGAAUCACUUGACUUGUCAAGAAACUAUCUUCAUGGUAGGAUUCCAACAAGAAUUUCAAAUAUUGAUUUUCUCGUUUACUUGAACUUGUCUUUCAACAACUUAUCAGGAAUGAUUCCGAUAGGCCGCCAACUAGAUACCUUUGAAAUGACUUCUUAUGUUGGGAAUACUGGGCUUUGUGGCUCACCACUUGAAAACCAAUGCCCAGAUGUGAUUCCACAGAGAGGAAGAAGAGUUCACAAAAAAGAGGAUGAACUCUUAAGCUUUGAGUUUUAUCUGAGCAUGGGUUUGGGACUUUUUGUUGGAUUUUGGAGUGUUUGUGGAACUUUAAUAGUAAAAAGUUCAUGGAGAUAUGCUUAUUUUCAGUGGUUCAUGAAUGUAACCGAUUGGAUGUAUGUCACAAUCGUUGUCUUUACUGUCAGAAUGAAAAGAAGACUCAGAAUUCAAGACCUCGAGGUAAAGUUUUUGUCAUCUCUUAUUAUGUUAUCUUCCCGUUGGGUUUAUUAAUUUUU